GGCCAGACGGAACGAACGAACCAGACAUUAGAACAGUACCUACGGAUGUACGCCAAUAAAUUGCAGGACAACUGGGUAGAGUUGCUACCGACAGCGCAAUUGGCCUACAACAGCACGAAAUCCGCAACGACGAAGCAUUCGCCGCACUACGCGAACUACGGAUAUGAACCGACAGCUCAUCGAGAUCCGAAAGACAUUGAGAGUGUCGCGGUAGGAGCAGACGACAAGGCGAAGCUUAUGCGAGAUUUGCACGAAGAAUUGAGCCAGAACAUAGCUCAACAGAACCUCACGACAUCCAAAGCAGCGAAUAAACAAAGGAUUGAGGGAC